CGUUGGGUUUCCCUGGUGGAGCUGCCUGCCUUGUAUGGAAAACCUCAGGAGGCAGUGAUGGAGGAAUCACUCAGGAGUAUCUCCCUCUGUGAUCCUGAGGGUGUCCAUGCCUUCAUCCUGGUCCUACCUGUGGGUCCCCUCACUGAUGAAGACAAGGGAGAGUUAGAGACCAUUCAGAACACAUUCAGCUCUCGGGUUAAUGACUUCACCAUCAUUCUGUUCCCUGUGGAAUCAGAUCCUACAAGUUUUCUUAACUUUGUCAGAAGUGACAGAGACAUCCAGAAGCUCUGUCAGAGCUGUGGAGGAAGAUAUGUUGUUCUCAACACCAACGACAAGGAGCAGAUUACUGAGAUUUUGGAUUUGGUGGAUCAAAUGAGACCCAAGGACAAACCUUGCUGUUACACAACAGAAACAUUUGCGCAUGCCCAAAUAGAAAAGAUCAACAUGCAAGAAGCUGAACUUCAGGCGCUGAAAAGGGGUAUUACAACUUGUUGUGACAAGAAGCAGAGCCCAGAGUGUCUCAGGAUUGUGCUGAUAGGGAAAACUGGCUGUGGAAAGAGCUCUUCAGGAAACACCAUUCUAGGAAGAAAAGCGUUUAAAGCCAAAUCAGCCCAAACAUCAGUCACUAAACACUGUCAGAAAGAACAGAGUGAAGUCGAUGGUCGUCAGGUGGUUGUGGUCGACACUCCUGGUCUGUUUGACAAUAGUUUGUCUCAUGAAGAGGUUCAUGAGGAGAUGGUGAAAUGCAUCAGUCUUCUGGCUCCAGGACCACAUGUCUUCCUGUUGGUGUUACAAAUUGGCAGAUUUACACCAGAGGAGAAGGAGACAUUAAAACUUAUCAAGGAAGGAUAUGGGAAGAAUUCUGAGAAGUUUACCAUCAUUCUUUUAACUGGAGGAGAUUCACUGGAAGAUGAGGAGCAGUCGAUCGAUGACUACAUUUACAAAGACUCUGAUGAUUCCUUUAAGAAGCUGAUCUCUGACUGUGGAGGAAGAUACCAUGUGUUUAAUAACCGAGAUAAACACAACUGCACACAGGUCAGUGAGCUGAUAACCAAGAUUGACACCAUGGUGAAGGAAAAUGGAGGCAGCUGCUACACUAAUGAGCUGCUGCAAGAGGCCGAAGCUUCAAUAAAGAAAGAAAUGGAGAGAAUCCUGAAGGAGAAGGAAGAAGAGAUGGAGAGAGAGAGGGAGGAGCUUCAAAGAACAUAUGAGAAAGAAAUGCAGGCGAUGAAAAGCAGAAUGGAAAAACAAAGAGCAGAAACUGAACAGGAGAGGAAACGGAUGGACAGAAAACUUGAGGAAUACAUCAGCAAGGAACUUGACAGAAGAAAGAAAGAACAAGAAAGGAGAGAAGAAGAAAACAGACUGAGGAAAAGACAGGAAGAACAGCAGCGACAGGAGUGGAAACAAAAACAGGAAACAUUGGAGGUAAAAAUAAAACAAGAAUCUGAAUCAAAAGAAACCAUUGAUAGAAAGCUGAUGGAGACUAGACAAGAGAUGAAGGAAAAACAAGAGGCUUGGGAAAAAGAACGAAGAGACUGGUGGGAGAAUCAAAGAAUUGAGCAGCAACAGGAAGAACAUGCAAUGAUAAAAGAACAUGAGAAGGAAAAGGAAAGACAUGAAAUCAGAAAAGAAGAGGAUAGAAACAGAAGAGAAUGGGAGGAAAAGGAGCAAAAGGAGUUGGAGGAAAGGUUUGCGAAAUCCCUGACGGAUAUGAAGACGUCGUAUGAAGAACAAGCCAGAAAGAAAGCGGAGGAAUUCAAUGCAUUUGGAGAGAGAUGCAAAAAGGAGUUGAAAGAGCGUGAGGAGGAAAUUAAAGCCAAAGAUGAACAGUAUGACAUCUUAAAGGCGCUUUCAACUCAGAGUGAAGAACAAAUUAAGAAAAAACAUCAAGAAGAAAUCAAAAACUUAGUGCAGUGUUUCGCCAAGAAAAGAAAAAAUAUGAAAAAAAUCAGUGACUUACUGAAACAACAGGACCUAGAAAUGACAAGUGUGGAAAGCCUGACGGAAAAGGAAAACCUGCAGAAAACACAUGAAAAACAAACAAGUGAUUUGAUACAGGAACUUCUGAAUGUCGAAACACCUUGUCCCAUCUUAUGAGGCGUUUUCAUUUCUAGCCAAGGCGAUGGCAGUCUGCCCACCACUUUGCUCUGGACUGAAAUAUCUUAACAACUAUUGGUUGGAUUGCUAAUAAUGUUUGUACAGACAUUCAUGGUUCCCAGCUAAUAUUACAAUGCUAGCAAACUAAGAAGGUGAACAAGGUCACAGACAGAGGGUUCUUCUUGUACCAAAAAAAAAUAUAAAAAAUCACAAAUUAACCUCAACAGGCUUCACAAUCUAUACAGCAUACAAUACCCUCAUUCCAUAUACCCUCACUUCUGAUCUGAGGAACAACUCAUUGACAGGGAAAAACUCAAAGAAACAUCACGGAAGAGCAACUGAGGAGGGAUCCACUUCCCAGGAUGGACAGAUAUGCAAAUGAUUUCAUGUGCACAGAAUUACUGGUAGACUUGGUCAAAAAUACCCUCUUGGAUGCCUUCUACAGUGGCCCAGUCUACAAGAAAACAUGGUAAAAUGUAAGCAAACAUAAUAAAGUGGCUUCUAGGCUGUUCCCUUCAAGUGGAGAAAACACAACACAGUGCCAUAUAGGCCACCCUACUGUUUCAUCAUAAAUACAUCCCAACUUUCUGUGCACUGGUGCCCCACUGCAUGCAGCCAGUGCCCUUUCUGUUGCUUUUGUCCCUCAGACAGCCUGAGUACAGAAUAGACCAACAUAGAAACAUUACAGUGGGGCGUUCUGGUAGCUCACAUGGUAGAGGUGGGGCUCCAUGUGCCUCGCUGCAGUGGCCAUUAGUUCAAAUCCUACCUGUGGCCCUUUGCUGCAUGUCAUCCCCUCACUUAGAAGUUCUGAAGGGAUAUGAAUCUGCAGGUGACCAUAGCAACAGUACUGAUGGUUCAGGCUGUGUUGACCCUUAUCAAGAGUUAAACUGACUAAAAACUAACUUUAAACCAUGGAGGAGGAUGUUGCUCUUCCUGAGGUUUUUCAGUCUUCAAAAUCUUUAUGAUGUAUUGUUUUUGUUUUCUACUGUACUAUUUGUUGGAUAUAAUUUGCUUUUUUGUUUUAUUUGUUCCUAAUUAUUAAUGUAAUUAUUGACUGAUUAAAACCAGACAACAGCUCAGUAAAGAAAGACUUCAGCAGCUGGAAGCUCUGUUUGGUCAUUAGAGAUGAUCUUUGUUUUCUUUUGAAUAUGAGAAAGAAAAUGAUGUUUGUGAGUGAAAUGAAAUGUUUAGAUGUCAUUCACUCUGUUUUCUCUGCAACACCCAAAUCACAAAUAUCACAGCAAAUAUUAAAUAUGAAUCCAAGCUGAAUAUCAUUUAAACUGCUCAUCAGAUGAAUCAGAAUGAUAAAGAAUGACUUUAUAGACAAUGAAUGCUUUGAUGUUUCUCUGUUUUGUUACAUGUCCAAUAAGAAUAGACAGAAUUCAGAUGAAUCUUUAAUUGUAUGUUCUGUGUUUGAUCUUUGGUUUCUGUGUUUAUCAUUAUGAAAGAUGAAUAAAGUGUUUCCCUGUA